AUGCUCAGCAAUCGCUUAGUGAUCGGCCUGGAUUACGGCACUACGUAUACAGGCGUCGCGUUCUGCGAGACCUCCGACACUGGUGUAGUCGGCAAAGACAUCCUGGUCAUCAAGGACUGGCCCUCUCGUCACACCAAGAUUGGUACGAAAGAGAAGGUUCCGAGUGAGAUCGCACUGAUCGACCGCGCUCAAUGGGGUUCGUUGAUUCCGCCGAACGUUCAGCGACAUAUGUGGACCAAGCUCUUGCUUAAUAACGGAAAGCCUGGCGAGGUGGCCCAUAUCAUCAAGGAGCUCUCUCUCUAUGAUAACCGAGCCCCUUCCAACCAGCCAGUUAACAUCAUCGCGGAGUUUCUUGCUCACGUUAAGGCUCAUCUCAUUAAGAACUUGGACAUCCAGUACGGCAAAGGCCUCUGGCGAACACUGCCGAUUACCUUAGUUGUCACUGUUCCUGCAGUCUGGUCAGACUCUGCGAAAAACUCCACGCUUCAGGCUGUCAACAAGGCUGGCUUCAACGACACCGAGCUCCCUCAACUGAAGCGCACCAUCCUCACGACGGAACCCGAAGCCGCGGCUAUCUAUACCAUUCAAUCACUUCGCGGAGGCGUUCAAGAUGAGCAGUUUGCUGUGGGCGAUGGCUUCAUUGUCUGUGAUAUGGGUGGAGGCACAGUGGAUUUGAUCUCGUACCGGGUUGUCGAUUUGAAUCCAACCACUUUGGAAGAAGCUACCAUCGGAAGUGGCGACCAAUGUGGCGGCAGCUUUGUGGAGCGAGGCUUUCUCGAGUGGCUAGAACGCCGUCUGGGAACUGCUGACUUUAUGUUGAUCGCUGGCGACAGGAGCGAGAAUCUACCUCGCACUUCGCUGUCGCCAAAACUGAGCCGCAUGGUCCAGGACUUUGUUCUCGAGGCUAAGAGUGGUUUCUCUGGUGUCGAGACCAACUUUCUACGUCUUCCAAUUCCUUUGAGCUCAGUUGAGGACGACGAAGCUCGAGGUAUCCAGGAUGGCGAGAUCAUGAUCACUGCGAAUGACAUGAAGAAGAUGUUCGAGUUUCCGCUUCGUCGCACAUACGAGCUCUUACUUGGACAAAUACAGCAAGCACGCCGCACCGGUAACGUACAACUGAAAUCUAUCUUCAUGGUUGGAGGAUUUGCUGAAUCGCCCUACAUUUACGAGAAGGUGAAGGCGUACGCAGAAGCCCAUGGUCUACAAACAAUCCGACCUUCUUAUGCCUGGUCUGCUAUAGUUCGUGGUGCAGCCGCGAAGGGUCUUGAAAGCGAUGGCCGUGCUCCGAUCAAGAAUCGCAAGUGUCGUAGACACUACGGUACUGACUUCUACGUCCCCUUCGUCUCGGGCAGACACAGGGAAGCCGACUCAUUUAUUUCUCAACAUGACGGUUUCAAAAAGGCUGCAAAUCAGAUGGAAUGGAUGCUGAAGAAGGGCCAAGACCUUGCUGCUGUGUCGGAGUCGCAUGCUACACUGACCCUGCAUCAGCACUUCUGGCCGGGUGACAACCGUUCGGCGAGUUGUGAUCUUCUAGCCACGGAUGCUGAUAAACCGUCUUACCGGUCUAAGGACAAGGCAAGUCGAUAUGCCUUCGAUUUCGUCUACAAGGUCGCUACCUUGAACGUUGACUUGAAUGGAGUUCCCCAGAAUCUGUUCCAACGACAUUUAAGCCUAUCAGACGGUCAUUACUAUACACUACACUUCAAAGUUGAGAUGUCUAUCCAGUCCUCUCUGGAGUUCUCUCUCUUGGUCAACGGCGUUCGGUACGGAGCUGUCACUGCGACCUAUGCCUAG